AUGGAACCCGCGUUCGAAGUGUCGCCUGAGCAACAGGCGAGCGUCGGCCGCUAUAUGCGGCAGCAAUACUUCUACAAACCCUUCGAGGUGCGCAACGUCAGUCUCGCUGGCAAGACAGCCGUCGUAACCGGCUCCAACUCGGGCAUCGGCCUAGAAUCCAGCCGGCAGCUACUCAGACUAGGCCUGAGCAAACUUAUCCUUGCAGUGCGCGACGAAGAGAAAGGCCGCGCCGCCGCCGCCGAGCUCUCUGCGUCGCUCCCAGCCAACCACACCGCCACCAUCGAGGUCUGGCACCUUGACCUCUGCGUCUACGCGUCCGUCGUCGCCUUUGGCCAGCGCGCCGAAUCGCUCGCGCGCCUCGACCUCGCCGUGCUCAACGCCGCCUUCUGCCCGGCCGCGCGCCGCGUCAACCCGCUCACGCGCCACGACGACACCAUCCAGGUCAACUACCUGUCCACGGCGCUGCUCGCGCUGCUGCUCCUGCCCACCCUGCACGCCACGGCCAAGCGCACCGGCCGCCCCGGCCGCAUCACCUUCACCCAGUCCGAGGCGGCCGCGUGGACCAAGUUCGACAUUGCGCGCGCGGCCGCGCAAGGGUCCGUCCUCGCCGCCCUCGACCGGCCCCACAAUGACACGUCGGACCACAUGUUCGCGUCCAAGCUGCUGGGCCAAUCCUUUGUGCGCGCGCUCGCCCGCCGCGUUCCGGCUGCCGUUGUGGUCGUCAACGCUGCCUCGCCCGGCAUGGUCACCGACUCGCGCUUCGAUCGCGAGACGGGCAAGACGUGGUUCAUGAAGUUCUUCAGGCUGCUCGUGGUGAACCGCAUUGGGAACACGUCGGCGGUCGCUGCGAGGAUGGUUGUGGAUGCCGCCGUCCGUGAGGAUGAGGUUGGGACGGAGACGCAUGGGCAGUUUCUGUCCAUGGCGCCCAUCGUCUACACGGACGAGGGAGAAAAGGUCUCGGCGCAGCUGUGGAAGGAGACGAUGGACGAGCUCGCGUUCGCGAAUGCAGAGGGCAUCUUGGACGAGGUUAGCAGUGGGGCCAGCUAG